AUGUUCUCAGAACAGCUUCGGACAUUUAUUUGGGAUCACACAGGUUCUUUGAGCCCCAAAAAGAGAAGUAAUGGGAGUUGGCGGGAUCACCACCCCGAGAAUGAAGGGGUCACUGGGAUUGUAAAUUUAUCACCCAGCUGGUUUUCUCAAGGACAUGAAGGUCCCGAGGAUCCACUGCGCGCGUCAGCCGAUAUUCAGGAACCUGCCAAUUCAACCUACCUCCAGAAUGUCCUAUUGGCCAAUGCAAUUGUUGGCGCAAUCUAUGCUGUCAUACAACCCGAUCUUUUUGAGUCCAGUUUAGCCACCUUCGAGAAGCUUGCCAAUCAUGCCGAGGCAUUGGACAAUCCUAUCAAUAUUGCUCUUCGCGUUUGGGCCACUCCCUUCACCGGUCUUUCAGUCAUCCUGAACCGAGAGACGAUCAAUCACCGAGAUCUAAAGGGGUAUAGGGAGUCUUUUGACUUGUUGCUCACCAUCAGAAACUACACAGGAGGCCGGUGUCACUUAGCCGGGCUCGGGUUUAGCCUUGUUUAUGACCCUGGGACGGUUGUUGCCUUGGCCGGCAAUGUUUUACAACAUGGUGUUUGUCCUGUGCUGGGUGACCGGGCCUGUUUAGCUCACUUUUGGCACAAAAAGGUUGGGGAAAGGCUUGGGGUGAAGAGGCCUCAGUGGUUGACCAUGGCAGACUUGAUAUAUAAUUUGUCUGGUAACUAA